AUGACGAUACAGAAGAGUGAUUCGCUCGGCCAAUACUACCACUUUAACGCCUCUCGGCACGACAGAAGCGCUGCAGAAGCGGACUCUAUAGGGGAGCAGCUCUUUACCAGCAAAAAGAGCAACUGGUUCAAAUCGAUGAUGAGCCGAAAGCGACGCAGCAAAAACCUUGAUCUCACUAUCUCAGGCACAAAUAUCAAGUCUAUGCCAAUGGUGAGCCGGUUUGAACGCCGAAACAACCAAUGGAGAGAACGACAGAAAAGCAUGGUCGCAGAGCCACCGAAAGUGGAAGAGCCCGACACCGUAUCACUGUGGGACUCGAGACGACAGAUGGAGCGAGAAAUGCGCAAAAUCAGGCGGGCCAAUGGCGACGAAGAACACAUUUUCAGAGAAACGUUUUUCGAGCGAUCAAACAACGACCAUUCGGACUGGCCGCAAAAAGCCAGCUCCAGAAUAAAACUGGACCAUCCUAAGUGCAAGAGCCAUUUUGAUUCCAAGUUUACUGGAAAUACCUUUGACCAAAAUUUAAAGGACUACAUGUGGUACAAUAACGGAGUCAGAUACUCUGACAGGAAGAAGGGACUUGAGAACCGACGAAAACGGGCAGAUGCAGACCGCGAAUGGCCGCAACAAACAAAGAGACCCGAACUUCACUCCACUAUUUACCGCAUACACGAUUCGAUACAGAGUUCGCUGCAAUUUGUGCCCGUUAUUGGCGUGGUAUUCCAGCUAUUUGGGAUAUUGUACUCAGUACCGAUUCUUCCUCCAGAAGCGGUGCUUAUACUGGAAAUAUUCACUUAUCUUUGGAUGAUACGGAUAAUCUACAGGAUCUACCAGGCAGUAGCUGCGCUGCUGCAACCGUUUUGGAAAGUGACCCAAAUAUUAGCAUGGUAA